AUGGUUUUCGGAUCCCGCAACAACAGAACCUCUGAGGAGGAGCUCCGUGGUCGCAGCCGCGAGCCUGUCCCGCUUAUGGAAAGCAAGCAACGUACCAACUCGUACGCAAGCGAAUUCUCUACCUCAACCAAAUCUACGGCUUCUUCCAGAACCAAAGCCUCUCGCUCUUGGUUCAAGCCUGCACCACAACCAGCCCAGGUCAACGUCCACACCUACUGUGGCAGACACUCGAGCCAGUUUCUCUUUGGUGGUCCAUCCCUGGCCGAUCUUGCUCGAGCCAUGUUUGGCAAGGAUUGA